AUGGCAUACAACAACAACGAUAGCUACGGUGGUGGUUACAAUUCAUAUGGUGGCAACUCAUAUGGUGGUGGUGGUUACGGUGGUGGCCGUGGCGGUGGAUUCGGCGGUGGCCGUGGCCGUGGUGGAUUUGGUGGCCGUGGCGGUGGCCGUUUCGAUGAAAGAGUAGAAUUAAAUACUCCUGAGUGGGAUAUUGAUUCAUUGCCAAAGUUUGAAAAGAACUUCUAUAACGAACAUCCAGAUGUGACUGCUCGUUCCCUUCAAGAUGUCAACGCCUUUAGAAAGGAGCAUGACAUGAAAUGUGACGGUACUGACAUUCCAAAGCCAAUUACUAGUUUUGACGAAGCUGGAUUUCCAGACUACGUUUUAAAGGAAGUUAAACAACAAGGAUUUCCAAAGCCAACCUCAAUUCAAUGUCAAGGGUGGCCUAUGGCUUUAAGUGGUAGAGAUAUGGUUGGUAUUGCUUCUACCGGUUCCGGUAAGACUUUAUCAUACUGUUUACCAUCUAUUGUCCAUAUCAACGCCCAACCAUUGUUGAGUCCAGGUGAUGGUCCUAUUGUAUUGGUUUUGGCUCCAACCAGAGAAUUGGCGGUUCAAAUUCAACAAGAAUGUUCCAAGUUUGGUUCUUCUUCUAGAAUUAGAAAUACCUGUGUCUACGGUGGUGCUCCAAAGGGUCAACAAGUCAGAGAUUUAGCCAGAGGGGUUGAAAUCUGUAUUGCUACUCCUGGUAGAUUGAUUGAUAUGUUGGAAACUGGCAAGACUAACUUGAGAAGAGUUACCUACUUAGUUUUAGAUGAAGCUGAUAGAAUGUUGGAUAUGGGUUUCGAACCUCAAAUCAGAAAGAUUGUCGAUCAAAUUAGACCUGAUAGACAAACUUUGAUGUGGUCUGCUACUUGGCCAAAGGAAGUUCAAGCCUUAACUAGAGAUUACUUGAACGAUCCAAUUCAAGUCACCGUUGGUUCAUUAGAAUUAGCUGCUUCUCACACAAUUACUCAAUUAGUUGAAGUUGUUACUGAAUUUGAAAAGCGUGACAGAUUAAUCAAGCAUUUGGAAACCGCUACUGCUGAUCCAGAAGCUAAGUGUUUAAUUUUCGCUUCUACUAAGAGAACUUGUGAUGAAAUCACUAACUACUUAAGGGCCGAUGGAUGGCCUGCAUUAGCCAUUCAUGGUGACAAACAACAAGGUGAAAGAGACUGGGUCUUAAAGGAAUUCAAGACCGGUAAAUCUCCAAUUAUGGUUGCAACCGAUGUUGCAGCCCGUGGUAUUGGUAUGUAUUGCAUAUGA